UGGGAAGAUAAAUUAUAAACAUGAUGGAACUUGGAAGAUACAAGACGGAUUCAAUGAUGUUAAUAAGGAGGAAAUGGAUCGUUACGUCGACAUUGAACAAUGUGACUAUAUUAUCGAUCUAGAAACAAAUCACACACAGGUUUCUACAAAUGAACCACGGUACGUAACUCAAACUGAGAAAUGGAGUGAAGUUAUUUGUAAACCAUUUUUGGAUGUCGCAAACUCAGAUAGAUUUUCGCGAGCAUUUUACCUUCCGCCCCAACUUUGGCAAAGAGUGAAAGUGAUGAUUAAUUAUUUACCUGUUCGAAUGAUAAAUAACAAUGCUGGUGUGAAUAAAUUGGGAUCUCUGAAGUGGGGUGACUAUU